CUGCGGCUGCGUCGCGGGCAGCACCCGGGACCCGCCGAGGCCUGGGCGAAGGCGAACAGGGGCGCGGGCAACGGCGCUUCGCUACUGCGGAGGGGCCGGGACACCCGGGCUGAGGCCCAUGAGGCGGGGCGCCGGUGGGCCUCGCCACUGCCGCCGGCCUGGCAUCAAAGCAGCGGCUGGCGGGCGGUAGCCCAGCCCGGGUCUGUUGGAAGCCGGUUCAGCGUUCCCUUGGCCUUGCGGGUCCCCAAAGCCCAGCUCCCAGGAGUGUGGCCGCGAAAGGACACGUUGGAGGGGCUGUGGGUUUAUCUGGCGCCUCAGCACCCGCCCUAGGCCCCCUCUCAGGAAUUUGGAAAAGGGCCCUGGUCCGGUCUGGAGGCCGAUAGUCCUUUGGGCUUCAGAAGGAAGCCUGCGUGAAUGUUCGGCGUUUUUUAAAAAAGUCAUUGUGUUGGGUGUCGAUGUGGUCUGUCUAUAAAAGGCUGGGAAAGAACAAAAUCUCUUACCGGUUCUUCUCUAAAGAGACACCCUCUGGCGCUGUAAGCCUCAAGAACCGGCUCUCUCACGCCCCCCAUCUCUGGUCCUACCAGCGUCCACGGCCGCUCUGUUUUAAGUAUAUUUCUGCAAAUUCUGGAGUUCUAUCUGUAUGAUCGGUUUUCUGGAUCCCUCCUCCCUGCCUUUUGCUCCUCUAGAAGAAUAUGAAGAGGCAUAGACUCAGACCUACUCAACCAGCCACCCCGCAAGCAGGCAGGAGUUAAUUUCAGAGAGGAAUCAGUUUUUCAGAGCUGUGAGAGCCACAUCAGCCUCCAGGAGGCCCUAGGUUCUGGUGCCGCAGGCACACACAAGAAUCCUGAGGGCAGGAGACUGUGAUCACAGGAGGACCACGCAACUGUGAGGCAUCUCAGCAGAGGCUCUGGCCGUUUCCUCACGAGAAGUGGACAAGGUCAGUCAGGAGGCAUCAUCAUGCUGCAGCAGCUCCUGAUCACCCUGCCCACCGAGGCCAGCACAUGGGUGAAGUUGCACCAUCCAGAGAAGGCCAAGGAGGGGGCGCCCCUGUGGGAGGAUGUGACCAAGAUGUUUGAAGGAGGAGCUCUGCUAUCUCAGGAUGCUGAUGAGACCCAGGGAGAAAGUUUAAAGGAUGAAUUAACCCCCGGGACCCCAACAACAGACUCCCAGGAACUCUUGACCUUCAAGGACAUAUCUGUGGACUUCACCCAGGAGGAGUGGGGGCAGCUGGCGCCUGCUCACCGGAAUCUGUACCGGGAGGUGAUGCUGGAGAACUAUGGGAAUCUGGUCUCAGUGGCAGGCUGUCAGCUUUCCAAACCUAGUGUGAUUUCCCAGUUGGAGAAAGGAGAAGAGCCAUGGAUGACAGAGAAAGAAGGCCCAGGAGAUCCCAGUUCAGACUUGAAGAGUAAAACAGAAACCAGUGCGUCAAAUGCAAAAUAUAACAUUUUACAAGAACAUUUACGUCAUGGUAUGAUGAGGGAAAGGUUCAUGAGGGAUGAUGUCAUUUACUCCACAUUGAAGAAAGUCUCAAAAUAUGAUGAUGGGUUAGAAAGGCACCAGGAUCUCCAUGGAAGAAAUGUGAGACAAACCACUAUGACCCAUAAGAACAGAAGCCAAGAAACUUACAAAUUUGGCAGAAAUAUUGUGAGUUCAAAUGUUGUUAUAGAACAGAGGCUCCGUAAAUGUGACACGCCUAGAAAGAGAAACAAAUGCAAAUCAGAUUUGAUUAAUCAUCCAACAAGUUACAUAAGAGUAAAAACCUAUGAGUGUAAUAUAUGUGAAAAGGUCUUCAAACAACCCAUUCACCUUACUGAACACAUGAGAAUUCAUACUGGUGAGAAACCUUUCAGAUGUAAGGAAUGUGGAAGAGCCUUCAGUCAAAGUGCAUCCCUUACCACACACCAGAGAAUCCAUACUGGUGAGAAGCCCUUUGAAUGUGAAGAAUGUGGUAAAGCCUUCAGACAUCGCUCAUCUCUUAAUCAGCAUCAUAGAACCCACACUGGGGAGAAACCUUAUAUAUGUGAUAAAUGUCAGAAAGCUUUCAGCCAGAACAUUAGCUUGAUCCAGCAUUUGAGAACUCAUUCUGGAGAGAAACCCUUUACGUGCAGUGAAUGUGGGAAAACCUUUAGACAGAUUAGACACCUUAGUGAACAUAUAAGAAUUCAUACUGGGGAGAAGCCCUAUGCAUGCACUGCAUGUUGUAAAACCUUUAGUCAUAGAGCUUAUCUAACGCAUCACCAGAGAAUCCAUACUGGGGAGAGACCCUACAAAUGUAAAGAAUGUGGGAAAGCCUUUAGGCAGAGGAUACACCUUAGCAACCAUAAAACUGUUCAUACAGGAGUAAAAGCAUAUGAAUGCAACCGCUGUGGAAAAGCAUACAGGCAUGAUUCAUCCUUUAAGAAACAUCAGAGGCAUCACACAGGAGAAAAACCUUAUGAAUGUAAUGAAUGUGGAAAAGCCUUCAGCUAUAAUUCAUCACUUACUCGACACCAUGAAAUACACAGGAGAAAUGUCUUCCAAAAUAAUAUCUGAAAACAGAUUAUGCAACAUGAGAACAAAAGCUAAGUCUAAAUCAGUAACUCUCUGCUUUGAAUUUCAGGACUCUAAAUUUGAGGAAUUGACAUAAUGAUGCCAACUUCUAGUUUUGCUCAUUGUGUAAAUAAACACUACAUUGAUAACAACUAUUUACUAAUACCUCCACACAAAGUUACUUAAUCGAGAAUAAAAGAUGGCCCUUCAAAUUAAAAUCAACAAUAUAGAAAAUUUUGUACAUCAUUAUUUUUAUGAUUUCAUGGUAGAUUAAUAAAUUAUUUUUCUUGGGCAUUCAUAGAUAAAGACCAGCAUUUGGAAACUACUGUUUAAAACAUCACCACCACCCCUAAUUUUUUAAUUAAAAUUUUAUUUUUUUAAUGGGGAAACACUUCACAUGGUAUAAAUUUCAAAAGGUAUGGUCACUUGUGUAAGUGAAAAACCUUCUUUCUCCAUCCUCCACACAAAAUUCUACCUGCAGGCACCCAUUUUUUAUAACUCAUAUUUUGUACACCCUUCUAGAGAGCUUUCUGUUUAAAUCCAAGAGAAUACAAGCAUACAUUGUUUUACUUUUAAGCAUAAGUGGAAUUUCUCUAGACAAAUGCAUAUUACUUUUAUUACUUCACUGUGUAUCAUGGAGGUUAUUCCAUAUCACUAAACAAAGUACCUACUUGUUCUUUUUUAACAGCUGUAUAGUAUUCCAUGGUUUGAAUGUACUUUACUUAGCCAUUUCAUUGUAGAUGACCUUUUGGAUUUCCAGUCUUUUAUUUAUAUAAUUUUGCAAUGAAUACUCUUACACAUUUUUUUUUUUGCUUCUCACAUAUAAGAACAUGCAGAGGGUAAAUUCCUAGAAUGGGAAUUUCUGUGCUAAAGGGUAUUUGCAUUUGUAUGAUGGAUACUACCAAACUGACCUUCAGAGAGGUUGAACCAAUUUAUUUUCCUACUAGAAAGAUACAGAAGCCAUGUGGGAGCCAUAUAUGAUACUGAAGCAUCUCCAGCAGCCUUAUAAGCCAUUAAAGAAGUAUCAGUUUAUGUCAAUAGCAUAGCCUAGAAGUACAGUCUAAACACAUCCCCCAAAAGAGCAGUACUUGCCGUCCCUGGAGUCAGCAUUGGCUGCAUCUUAUCAAAUAGCAGCCAAACCCACCAGUCUCUGCUGGAGAAGAAAACACCUCUCCACCAACUGCUCCAGUCCCUAACUUCUGAGGCUGGAACUGUCUGAUGAAAUAUAGUCACUUAAGAGACUGAUCCACCUGCUUUAGCAAGUAUAAUCCUGGCUACAACACCUUUGUUUGGAAUGGAGGAAAAUGGACAAUUCAGUCAGGAUACUUAAGAUGGCAGGCUAUACUACAAAAGAUCAACUGACCAUACAUAGCAUUUUAUGGCUAUGUUAGUGAGUUACAGUUCACUUGUGGAAGGAGACAGAAAUGAGGCAGGACAUGACUUUCUAAUUAAUAAACAUGAAU